AUGACUUCAAACCGGUUUUGUCGUUGGGAAAACAAAGUCGACGAGGUCGCGCGCCCGGAACGCCUGCGCGCUUUUACGCACGGCCACAAACAUCCACAGUCUGUGUGACGCACGGCGCGACUACAUCUGAUCCAGGAGCAGGGUCAGAGAUUAAUGGGAGCAGAGAGAAUAAUGGAGGGUUUGUGGUACCCGGGGGUCUGAGGGUCCUCGGAGGACGAGUCCGGGAUCGGAGGAGGAGGAAGGAACGGAAAAGAGGAUUUGUUUACAAAAGCAGCAAGUUGGAGAGGCUCCUCCUCUCCGUCAUGUCGGAACCUCCUUAAUUACUAAUUUCUCCACAUCCAAGCCACGCUUUCCCUCCCCCUCUUUUUCCUCUCUCUCUCUCUCUCUUUCUCUCUGUCUCGCUCCACUCCUCCAUCCCUCCAUCUCUCUCUCUGAGCCUCCUUUUCUCUCCUCUCUGUCUGUCUUUGGUUUACAGCCCGGAGGACGGAGGCGGACCAGCUUGGAGCAGCAGUUUUAGUUAUUAUUCUUUUUUAUUAUUUAUUCUUUUUUUUCUUUUGGGAGACUUGCCACCGGGCAUGGAGGAUGUAAAACCCCCGCAGACCGUCCACCGGUCCUCCUCCUUCAGCAUUAAAAGUCUCCUGCUGCCCUCGAAGUGCGACCGAACGGACCCGGUCCCUGCCCCCGCCGCUGCGAUCCUCGGGAUCCCCGGGACCCUGUCCCCAUCUCCGGGCUCGGACUCGGACAAGUCGCUGGGCCCGCUGGAGGUGGACUCCACCGCCGCGGUUCUGGACCCGGAGAAACCGGGCAAAGAGGAGCAGGGAGCAGAGGAGGAGGAGGAGGAGGAGGACGGAGGGGGAGGCGGAGGUGGGACUGACGCCCAGGCGGCACCGGAGCAGAACACGAACGGGACCAGCGGGGGUAAAAACGGCAAAUAUGACAAGCCCCCCUUCAGCUACAACGCUCUGAUCAUGAUGGCGAUCCGGCAGAGUCCGGAGAAGCGGCUCACCCUGAACGGGAUCUACGAGUUCAUCAUGAAGAACUUCCCCUACUACCGGGAGCACAAGCAGGGCUGGCAGAACUCCAUCCGGCACAACCUCAGCCUCAAUAAGUGCUUCGUUAAGGUGCCGAGGCACUACGACGACCCGGGCAAAGGGAACUACUGGAUGCUGGACCCGAGCAGCGACGACGUGUUCAUCGGGGGGACCACCGGGAAGCUGCGCCGGCGCUCCGCCACCUCCCGGGGGAAGCUGGCCAUGAAGCGCGGGCUGCGCUUCGCUCCUCUCGGCCUGGGGAUUAACGAGAGGUCCAACAACCCGCUGUACUGGCAGAUCUCCCCGUUCCUGUCCCUCCACCACCACCACCACCACCACCCGCACUACAACGGCUCGUCGCCCGGCUUCCUGAACCAGGCGGCCGGGUACGGCUCGCUGCUGCCCGCCGUGGAGCAGCUGAGCAACGGGGACCUGGGCCGCUCCAUCCUCGGGGGCUCGGCCGCGGGGCCGCUGGGGCUGACGAACACUUACGGGAUGAACUCGUCUCCCGUGGGGCUGCUGUCCGGUCAGUCUGGGGGCUAUUUUGUCUCAGGGAGCCAACACGCCGCCGCCGCCGCGACGGGGCCGCCCGGGGGAGGCCCGCCCCCGCCGCCUCCCCCUCCGCCGCACCUCCAGCAGGGCGCACCGGCGCCGGGGGGCUUCAGCUCCCCGCAGUCCCUGCUGUCGGACUCCCUGAGAAACACCUCCCUACCGGCCUUCUCUCCGGGGGUGUCCCCGGGAUUCCCCGGAGUGCUGUCCCAUCAAAAGAGGGUGACCCCUAACGCUUUCCUAAACUGACCCCCCCACUCCCUCACCCACAACUCACCCAUACCUCUCCGUGGAUGGAGCGGACGAACAAAGGGCAAAAAACAAGUGGUAAUUAUGAAACACUGAACUGAAACAGAAAAAUAUAAAAAGUGAAACUUUAAGGCCGUAUAUUCCGCCAUGAAACGCAGAGGUUAUUUUUUCUUUUUUCCUGUUUAUUUUUGCUGAUAAAAAGGGAGAAACUUUUGUUACCCGCGGGUUGUAAAACUGUAAACUAGACUUGCCAAAGGUAACAGUAAAAAUAUAUUUCAAGCUAUUUAUAUCUUGUACAAAGAUGUUCAGAACUUUCUUUAAGUCAUUUAUUUAUGUUUUGUAUUUAUUGUAUUUAAAUUCUCAGUGUUUCAGUAUUAAAACAGGGUUUUAUAUUUAUGAAUUUAGAGACAAUCAAAGAGAACAAACAAGACAAUCAGAAGUGUUUGACAAGGAAAACAAGCAGUUUAUGAAAGCCUUAAAUCUGAGUAAAACAAUCAGGGCUUUUCAGAGGAAAAAGAAGCCUACAAUCAUAUCUGUACUCAGGUUUGACCCUAGACAGGCCUAUUAUUAUUAUUAUUAUUAUUAUUAUUAUUAUUAUUAAGAAUGAAAGUGUUCACUGUGAGAGGUUUCUUUCCAAAAUAAAGAUAUCUAGAUAUAAAAUUAGACUUUAUUUCUGUGCGUCACAAACGCAAACUUUUUUAAAUCUGAUUAACUUUAUUUUUUAGAAUAAAACUCUUCAUAAAAAUAUAAGAAAUAUGCAAAUAAAAGCAGGUUUUCUUUUGUAGCUGA